ACAUUUUGACCUAUUAUUGCUGCAAUUAUUGCUGCUGUAGCGGCAGUUCGCCUUCAAACUAAGAUUUUUGUCAUCAUUUCGGCUUGUAUUGUUCCUAAUCUGACUUUUUUCACUUUUACUUUGGAACAGAGCACUUUAAAAGCGCUUAAAUUUCAGCAACCCCGCGUCCCACCGACCGGCACUUCCGGGGUGAUUAAAGACAUUUCGUUUAAUUGUAAGUAUUUGAUCAAAAGCGUUUUUUCGUCUCAUAUAAAUAAUAAAUCGGCCAUGAAACGCCACGUCCUAUUUUCGGAGGAAAAAAUAUGAUGCUUUCUUACAAGCAUCGCUGUUUAACCUGCAAAAAGUCACAAAGCAGUGUUAAACGGCGCGCCGUCACCUCUGUGCUGAAGAUGUUUUCUUCAUGACCUUACAGACCGAGGAGGUGACCCUGCCCAAAGCUUUGCAUGCUGAUUUCCAUGUGUUCCAUUCAUGCCAGUAAAUGUGUUUAGACCCUCCAGAGCCACACAGAGUCAGAGAGUGAAGGAGACUCCAUGCAGAGGACACUGCUGUCAGAGAUGGCCAUAAAGUGAGUCCCCGAUUAUUAAUGAUUCCGUCCGCAGCCUUGUUUUUUAAAUCAUAUUUACAGCUAAUGCGCUUGAAUGUACUGGUCACGGGGGAAUUUCGGGGGUUCUUUCAGGAUUUAAAGUUACAGGAUUAUUGUUGGCGGAAAGCGAUCGGAUUGAAAAGCUAGGAUUCUGUAAUCAAUGUAUUUGAAAUCAGCUUCACCGGUGAAGGAUCUCCAUGUAAUUUUCAAGGGUAGAUUUUGUUGCUUUUCUCAGGAACCCGUGGACGACGUGGACUCUUGGGGCGAGUCCAUCGAGAAGCUUCUGUCCUGCAAAGCGGGACAGGCGGCUUUCCAGGACUUCCUAAAGUCGGAAUACAGUGAGGAAAAUAUUCUGUUCUGGCUGGCAUGUGAGGAAUACAAGAAGAUCUCGAGCGCACCGGAGAUGAUCAGCAGGGCGAACCAAAUCUACACGGAGUUUGUGCAAACAGAAGCACCCAGACAGGUCAACAUUGAUUCUGGGACCCGCACAAAUAUAACAAACAACAUCUCGGAGCCGAACCUGAGCUCAUUUGAUACGGCACAGAAGAUGAUCUUCAGUCUAAUGGCGAGAGACUGCUAUCCCAGGUUUCUGAAGUCUGACGUCUACCAGUCCAUUCUGCAAAAGCAUGGAAAGAGCUGACUUCAUAAUGACUAAUUAUUAGUGUACAUCAAGUUUAACUAUUGUGAGUAAAUGUUUUUUUUUUUUUAGUUUUUAAUUUUAUAUUUGGUAAACAUGACCUUUUUAGUUUUUGGACUUUGGAUAGCUCAUCGGUUUUCAUCAUUAUGUCGCCGUAUAACGUUUUUUGAAGGAAAAACAUGUUUACAGUGUCGCAUACGAUUUAUUCUGAUUUGUUGUUCUUUUGUUUUUAUUUUUCCUGCUCACUGAAAAUUCGACCAAUUAACUGCAACUCGUUUUAAAAUUAUAACAGGAAAAAAUUAUGCAUCAAAAAUCAUUCCCUAUGGGAUUAAAAGGAUCUGUUAUGGGCCUGAACGAUUUCAGUAACUUCCUGUUUAUCAACAUACUGUUGAGAAAUCAAGAAUAAUAUGAAAAUGAGAAUCUGAAUGCUGCUUUUUUAACUUGUACAGCCAAUACGACUAACAGUUCAUUUCUACAAAAGUGCAACCUAUCGGUCAGGCAUUUUUUUUAAACAUUUCUUUUCGCUAUGAUGAUAAUGAUGUAAUUUUUUUUUAUUGUUAAAAAAACAUUACCGCUUAGGUUUUCUUAUGAUUGAUGUUAUGACCGUCAGGAGGAAAUUUGUAAAAUUAUUUUAAAAAGACUGUUUAAAUAUGACCGUUUUUAUGCAGGAACAGCCUGGAUUGCUUAUUUAAAAGAUG